AUGAGAUCCAACGCGGCGCUGGGCGACGCGCUGGCGACAGCGGAGCGAGCCAUCGCAGGCCUCGCCCAGGUCGUCGACGUCGUCAAGCGUCGCCACUCCGCGCCGUCGCAGUUUCAUUCACUCGGCGCCCCUCCGCCGCAGUUCCAUUUUAAUCAGCCGCUGCCAUUCCAAGCCAGCUAUGUCCCGUGCGCCGCGCCUCUCCCCGCAUCUGCCGGCGCAUCUCCCGCGUCCUCCUCCGUCUCCCAGCACUCCGCCGCCCCCCGCCCGCGUGUCGCCAUUCCGCGCUCAAUCGCCGUUUCCGGCUCCAAGCGCAGCGCGGCGGCGCUUGCGACCACCUCGAGACCCGCGCCGCCGCGUGCGAAGCGGGCAAAGCGCGCCAAACGCUCCGCAACCCCUGAAUCUGCUCCGCCCUCGCUCGUCCCGUCCAGCGGCUCCGACUGCGAGUCGGAGGCAAGCGGCUCGUCGACACCGCCGAAAACUGAAGCUCCCGUCGCAGGAUCCGUCGCAGAAUCAGUCGCAAAAGCAGUCGCAUACAAGGGCGUGCGACAGCGCAAGUGGGGCAAGUGGGUGUCGGAGAUCCGCGAGCCCAACAAGCGCACGCGCAUCUGGCUGGGGUCGUUCGACUCGGCGGAAGACGCCGCGCGCGCCUACGACGUGGCCGCGCGUCUGCUGCGCGGAUCCCAGGCGGCGUUCAACUUCCCCGGAGAUGACACCCAUUCCGUUCCGCUUCCGUCAGCGACGGCAGAGGCACUCCUGAAGGCGAGCCGCGAGGCGGCGAAGACUUUUGAUACGGCCGACGUGGCUGACGUUCUGGAGAAGUCGCUGCUUGCUACUAACGGAGCUCUUCUUGGCGCGGAUAUCACGAUUCAGCUCCCGAAGGCUGGACCGGCGGAACCAGCUGCUACAGAUGCAGCUGUAGCAGCAGCGGACGGCGCCGCUGAGUUGCCUUCUACGUCUGAUCUGACCACUAACAGCGUGUUCGACGAUAUUCCCGCGGAUUCAAUCUCCGCUGUUGAUGCCCUUUCCGCGCCUGUUCGCAGCGCCAGUGGAGUCAGCAUCGCCUGCAGCGAGAGUGACUGUAUCGAGUCGCUUCUGACGGAUCUGGAGGAGCAGCACGGCGCUGAGCUGGCGCUGACGGAGGCUGAGCUCUCUGGGAGCCUGUUCCAGGGUGUCAUGGAAGAUUUUGACCUGGCAGCUGCGUGUGGUGACGUGGAAGGGUUUGAGGGUGCUGCUGACUUCACCAUGGAUCUGUGGGGGAUUUCGAACCAGCCCCACCCCAAGAUCCUCGACCCGCUUCCUCACUCCUCCUCACCCCACCCGCAGUUGCCACAGUUUGACUUUACCCCAGCUGCAGCGGCAGCAGCAGCAGCAGCAGCAGCAGCAGCAGCAGCAGCAGCAGCAGCAGCAGCAGCAGCAGCAGGAGCAGCAGCAGCAGCAGCAGCAGCAGCAGCAGCAGCAGCAGCAGCAGCAGCAGCAGCAGCAGCAGCAGCAGCAGCAGCAGCAGCAGCAGCAGCAGCAGCAGCAGCAGCAGCAGCAGCAGCAGCAGCAGCAGCAGCAGCUACAGCAGCAGCUACAGCAGCAGCAGCAGCAGCAGCAGCAGCAGCAGCAGCAGCAGCAGCAGCAGCAGCAGCAGCAGCAGCAGCAGCAGCAGCAGCAGCAGCAGCAGCAGCAGCAGCAGCAGCAGCAGCAGCAGCAGCAGCAGCAGCAGCAGCAGCAGCAGCAGCAGCAGCAGCAGCAGCAGCAGCAGCAGCAGCAGCAACAGCAGCAACAGCAGCAACAGCAGCAGCAGUUGCAGCAGCAUCAGCAACAGCAGCAGCAACAGCAGCAGUGGCAAUUAGGCAGUACAUUGGAUUCGCUGUGCCUACCUUUCCCAGGCACCAGCACAACAGCAGCAGCGAAUCUGUCCAAUUUUGCCGCCCGCACUGUUUACAGAACCCCUUCCGGUACGAGCAGCGGCACUAG